AUUAGUUUCACUGCAGCAUGCUGCAUGCUUUAUGGAAGCAAUUAACAAAAAUAGUUUUCCCUAAUUCACUGAUCGUAUCUGUACGACCAAACGUGUACAUUUCAGCAUAACAUUUAACAGCCUGAAAAUUUAUUCCACUGAUGGUGUGUCAGUUGAAGACUUCUUUCCUCGGCUCUUGGAUAACUGUAGUCUAGAAGAAUUAGCUUGUCUUCCAGUCCAAGUCAACUUCAUUAUCAUUCCGCAUACUGCACAGUGAAAUGAGGUAGCGAGCGCUUUCUCAGUUAUACCCGUCUCACAGCUUGGGUGAAAGAAGCUGUUUAGAAAAGAGAUCAUGGCUGGAGUGAGUGUCAUCUUGAAUCAUCUUCAGUGCCUUCUUCAGACGUCUUCUCUCCCCAAUUCUCAGUGACCCCAGUGCCAGUGAUGGUCUCAGAGGUUUUCAUCACUCGCUGCAUGAUUGACAAAAGUUUGUGAGAGUGCACCAAGGAAAUCUGGCUUUCCUACACUUCCUUAUUUGCACAGAUUUGUGAGCAGGUCAGGUGAGCUCCUCUGAUAUAUGAACUCUGAGAAAUUUGAAUCUGUCUACUCUAGAGUAGGCAGAUUCAAAUUUCUCCUCAGAGUUCACAUAUCAGAGGAUGUCACCUGGAAGGCUCACUAAUCUGCUCUUGUAAAGAACUUCUCAAGAAAGCCAAAUAUCCUCGUUUCGCUUUCACAGAUUUAAUGUGUAUCUCGCUAAAAAUACUCUCAAGGUGAAAGAAAAGUCUUGAUGCCUCUGCUCAAGUAAUGAAUGACAUCCUCGCUGCUAAACAUCCCAGGGUGCAUUGCAUCUUCUAGCAAUUUACCUUACACAUUCUCAACACUACACAUUUUCGCACAAUAAGAGCUAAAAUCUUAAAAUACUUGUUCAACUGUGAAAGUGGUCAAACUGUGAAUAUCUGGAAUAUUGCUAAGCAAAAGAGCUCUAUCAUUUCUUCAUUAUUACAGCCCAGAAAUUAGCUCCGCCUCCAGCAGGAACUAAGCUCUGCCCUUUUUUUUUCAUAGUAUUUAGCUUAGUGCUUGACAUUGUUUUCAUUACAAUUGCAAUUCCCUGCUUUAAAAGUUACAAACUGCCCCUUUAAAAGCAGAGGACAGAAAGUGCACGUGGGAAACAUUAAUGUGUUUAUAUCCCAACUGGACGGUUGGGCGGAGGUCCGUUCUGGUGGAGAUUAUCAUCAUGUGGCUUCUGUUAUGACUCAGACAUGAAAAAAUACAACCUCCAAAUUAUGUCCUUUUUUGUGUUUUCUUUUAAUUUGGUAUGCAACCUCGAGCUAGCAUGCUGUGUAGUGGCAUUAAUAAGAGAGCGGAGUCGUAGCAGAGGGAAGGGUUUUUUUUUUGGCAUCUUUCUCCUUCCUCAUUCACUUACUUAAGAAUCCUAGUGAAUACCUAAGCAAGCGGAGAGGAAAAGGCUCGCUGCCAUGUUGAGCCACUUUUUCCAGCAUAGCGUGGUUCUAAAAGAAAGGGAAUUUCUUUUCAGGGCUGUGAUUCACUGGGAGCUCUGAGUCAUAUGUCCAUUUAUGGUCCUUUAUUUAGAACUGGGUUAGAGGAGUGGUACUGGUGAAUACUGGAGACAGCCUCUGCUCACAUUUUAAGAGAAUUUCAUUUGUACUAUUUAAUCAUUCUCUUUGUGUUUAAUAAUUCCCUUGCUUUUUUUAUUCAGUUAAGCAUCUCAAAGCAUAUAAAAGGAAGUCUAAGUAGUUACAAAAGUGAAAACUGUAGCUCUAACCCACUCCCAGACACAUGCUGGGAGUUUCAUAGGUUAAGAAAUGUUAAAAAGUAAAUAACUUUGAUGAUGCAAACUGAGCAUGCUGAGUAGCUAGCUGACAAAAACAAACUGGAGUGAUAAAUACAAAGGGUACAUAGCACCAGUACCAUGAUGCGGAAUAGGUCUCAUUCCCGAUGUCACAUCUGAUAAAGUUUAGUUUUGUUAGGAAUUUAGACCGGCUCUCCUCACACAAUGGACAAGCGGACAUGGGCCGUGUCUUUCCUGGACAUUAUAUCUCUGGAACGCUGAACUGCUCGCAUACACAGGGCUCAGUUUAAGACCUUGGACAUACGGCAUGCUGCGUUUGAUUUGGUGUCGACAUUUCUCUCUUCUUUCUAAACUUCUGUAUGUUUUCUCUUUGUUUUACAGUUUUGGGGGGUGGGAUGGGUUGGGGUGGAUCCUGGCUUGUUUGGUUUCUUAUUGUUCUGUACUGUUGUUCUUCUUUAUUAUGUUGAAAUGAAAAAGUCAAUAAAGAGGAAUUUAGAUCGGCUCCGUGAAACUGUCUGAUGAUUAAAAAGUCGCCUUAUGACUUUACAAACGCGUAUUAUAGAGAAAUGUAGUGAUCUAAUGUUUUAAAAUGUAGAGAGUAGAUAGUAGAAAGUAGAGAUUAUUAGUUCGACAUCUGUUUUUUGGAAAACUUUUCAAUAUACCUGUAUAAUAGUCAGGAUUCUCGAGUAAUCCUUAACAUUUCGACUCAGAAGCCAGGUUUUAUAGCAAUUAAAAUGCUUAUUAUUAAGUUGCUACACUGCAAAAGCCUUGUUGAUGCUCUCAGAAAAUGGUAGUAAAUAAAAACACAUUUUUGUGGAGCGUCCAACAUACAAAUCCCUGUGUAUUAGCCUUUUUUUUUUUGUGUGUGUGUGUGUGUGUGUGUGUGUGGAGCACAACAGCGCCACCAAUGGCCAUAGAAACACAGAGAAUGGUAUGAAGAAGCGAGAAUCGAGGCUGGGGCUGAUUUCUUUCUAGCCCAGACUGUAGAUUGAUGCAUCCUAUCAGUGACAGUCGUCACAGAUUUGACCUCCAUUUUGUCACUGAUAUUUUUCACACAUCUGUAACACGUCAUCAGCAGUGAUUGAGAACGUUGGACUGUUUGACCAAGACGAUUAGGACUGAAGGCUACUUUGGGAUGUAUCGAGGUGCUGCAGUGAACCUCACCCUUGUAACUCCAGAAAAAGCGAUCAAACUUGCAGCCAAUGACGUCUUCAGACAAAAGCUCUCCAAGGAUGGGAAGUUACCGUUAUGGGGCGAGAUCCUCGCAGGCUGUGGGGCAGGAACCUGUCAGGUGGUGGUCACAACCCCGAUGGAGAUGCUAAAAAUACAGCUGCAGGAUGCCGGGAGGUUGGCGGCACAGAGAUCCGCGUCUGCCUCGGCUCCAGCCUCCUCGCCGUCUCUGGCGUCUUCUCACCACGCUGCCGUGCGUCGCUCAGCCACGGCCAUAACGCUGGAGCUGCUGAGGACGCAGGGCCUCCGGGGCCUCUACAAGGGCACAGGGGCCACUCUGCUCAGGGAUGUGCCAUUCUCGAUGAUCUAUUUCCCGCUGUUUGCCAAAUUUAAUGCAGUGGGUCGGAGCAGAGAUCUCGCUCACGAGCGCGCGCCUUUCCUGCAGUCCUUCGCUUCGGGAUGCGCGGCCGGCUCGGUGGCGGCUGUGGCGGUCACUCCACUGGAUGUCAUAAAGACUCGUCUUCAGACGCUGCAGAAGGGGGAAGGAGAAGAUUCAUACCGGGGCAUCAUCGACUGUACACGGCGCAUUCUGAGUCGAGAGGGACCAUCGGCCUUUCUUAAAGGAGCGACGUGUCGAGCGCUGGUCAUUGCCCCGCUUUUUGGGAUCGCACAAGGCAUCUACUUCCUGGGUGUGGGUGAGCAGGUGAUGAAGCUGCUAGAAUAGAAAUGAAGUCUCAUAUCAGUGAACAAACGCACAGUACUGUUUCAACACGUGGAGAGAGGAGAGGGCCCGGGAUUAGGAGAAGGAGUAAGUGGUUAAAAUGAGAGGGAUGUCCACUUACAUAACCAAAGGAGUUAAAGAAAAAAAAAAUGAAAGGGCUGUUCAUGCUAUCAUAAGCGGUGACGUUGCACACUAAUAGUUUCUCAAGUGUCUAAAAGAUGUAAACAGGGUUCUUUGGGCAAAACAGGGUCCUGGUCUAUCCGAAGGUGUCUAAUUCACUUGAUUUAGACUGAUUACUUGCGUAAAACAUGAAGGAUGUAAUAUGAAAUCCAUCACUAGUACACUAGCAAAGGUUAGAAUAAUAAAUAAAUAAAGUGCAUGUCAGUGAAUCAAGUGGAUCAGAGACCUGCACAGCUAAAGAUGAAGAAAAGCGCUUGGUGCUUUGCUUUGUAUGAGUGUUUAGGAUGCAGUGUAACAGACUGUACAGGAUCUGAUGCUGUGUUAAUCUGUGCUUUAAUCCUCUAUGUUGCUCAGCCUCAGCCUGCUGGAUUACUCGGUUAAAGCUGGGGUCUGAGGUUUUUAAGUUUUAAGUAAUAUUCAGCAACAUUUUCCCUCACAUUAUGACAGCUUUAAUAAAUAUCGAGCUUAGCUUAAGGAACUCCAUGCUCUGUGGCAACCCAGACUUUGUAAACAGAAAAAAAAUUAUGCAAACCACCAAAAUCCAACCAAUCAGGACACAGAGGCGUGUCUACUUGCCUGCAUUUAGGACAUGUGCACGUAUUUUGGGAGUGAAUGAACGUUGCAUUUAAUUAGAUUUUAAGUUUAGCAAGAGCUAGCUUUAUAUCACUUCUGCUAAAAUCACUGACUGUAUCUUUAAGAUGAUGACCAGAGCUACAGUAGAGUUUAGUUCCAACACUAAUGGUGCAUGUCAACUUGCAAGUUCAACAUGUCGUCUUCUAUUCAUUUUAAUUUUUGAAUAUGUGCAAUGCAUGAAAGUGGUGUGGCAGCAAGCAGCAACAAAAUAUAUGGAUUUUGUUAGAAGUGGAUUCGUACUGUAAGCUCCCAGCAGGCUCGUAUUAACCUUUAUGUUCUGUUCAGGUUAAUUGGAUCAGUUUUUAAAACGAAAACAAGUUCUUUUAAUGUGGUGUAUGUCAGUAGCUUAAUUUUUCUACACAAGCUGGUUUUUUAAAUCCAUUUUAUAUUACACAACCCACAUUCCCUAGGAAGCAUGCUGUUAUAGGAAAAUAACAUUGUGGCGGUGUGAUCCGGCCCGUCCCCACACAUAAUUACUGUUACCACCCUGAAGUUGAUUAUUUUCCUGUAAUAGCACAAUCCUGAAGUGUUUUAUUCCUCUUAUACCACAGCAAUGUGCCAAUGAUUACAACUUUUAUUUAUUAAAGAAUGACUCGUCAUACUUUUUUUUCAAUCCAUUUAUAGUUACAUUUAAUGUUGUGGAACGUCUGUGAAAAGUUACUUUGUGUUAUAACAGAAAAGUAGUUUCCUCUCUUAAUCUCUUAACAGCCACUUUUCUAUACUCCUGAAUUUAAUAAUAAGACAAAAAAUAAACACUAAACAGGGACAACUAUGAAGCUCUGACACUGGAGACUCCUUCCCUAAAUGUGAAAUAAGCAUCUCCUUACAGAAAUGUCUCAAGUUGUUACUUGCUAUACUAAUGAUGAUACAUUAGAACAAGCGCAUUAAUAUAAACCUUGGAGCUGGAACUACUAUCCGAGUCGUUCUGUUAUAGAAAAUGAAUCAACCCCUUCUGACCAAUCAGAAUCACUCACCUUUCAAUAGUGCUGUGGUAUAAUUUAAAAUAAAUGUUGCGAGUGUGUUGGAACAAAAUCUAAAGCAGUGAACAGAACAUGAGGGUGAAACGCUGCUGGAUGCUUUUCCAGGGUCAGCAAGUCUCCUUUACUACCUUCUACACGUGCCGAGUUAAAUCAGAUGUUAAAGCACGGAGCAAGGAACUAAAGACAUGCUCCACAAUUACAAUGACAAUGAUUAUGCACUAUCACUGAGCUUAUUAUGAUCUUUUCUGCACAUAUAAAGUCUUAUCUUUAAGACACCUGGAAUGGAUGAAGUGUCACCUUAAACGUGACCCAAGAUCAGAGAAAGAUAAAAUAUUAAAGAAUGUAUUCAAAUAUUAUUAAUUAUCUUCUGCUUAUACUAAUCUUACAGAGGUAUAGUAAUCUGCGUUUGUUCUAAAAAUCAAAACUAGGGCUCUGAUUUUUUUUUUUCCUCCACAGUCAAGCUCUAAAAUAUAUUUAUCUAUGUUAGAUAUCUGUAUAGCUGUACACACUAUAACACCAAAAACUAUACAUGAUCACAUCGUGGCUUCUUAUAAACGGUUUUUAUGAAGAAUGACCAGAAUCCUGAGCUUGGGGUCUGGUCACAUGACACUCAUAUGCACCUCAAAGUCAAGAUUUGAGGCAACCUCUAUAAAACAACAAUGCAAAAUAAUCCACUUUUUUAACAAGGUAUGCUACGUGUUAUUCUUUUGAAACAUACAGACUAUGAGUAUUAUUACUGUACUGAAUGGAGUAAAGAGCACAAGGAACAUCAUGGUUAAAAAUACAAACAGAAGUUAGAUUUCUGGUGUAAAGAGACAGUGAGAUGGGAACAAGUGCCACCUUGUGGCUGGAUUUUACACUAUAAUCUGACCGAAAUCAGUGAGGAUUAAUUUUUUUUUUUUUUAAAUCAUUAUUCGAUAAUUUCAUUAUAUUCUAUUUAAAUCAGGUUUGCUCUGAUUACAUGAAAAUCAUGUACAGUGAUUGUAUAUUCUGAUUUUACACAUGUAUCACUACAUGUCUUUUAAUUUGAACUUUUAAUCUCAGUUUACAGAUUUAUCACAAUAUUGUAUUAGAUAAACUGAACAAACAUUAAUCGCACAAUUGUAGACACAUUCCUCUGACAGGUUUAUCUGCCAUGUUUCACUCUUCAGUUGUUCAAAAAGGUUCCCUUAAGGGUUCUUGGAUGUUUGAUGGGUCUAGCUUUCCGACAAGGAACUUUUUUUUUUUUGGAAAAGGAAAUGCUCGGUUGUACGGCUUGAUGUAGAACCUUAAAUGGUUCCUUCAGAAGGACAAACCGAAAAACCUUUUUAUUUUUCCUAAGUGUAGUUCCCACCAGCUACAGGACAGACUUAUAGACAUAUAGAACAUGACAGUAUUAUUAGUUUCCAUAAUUACAACAUUGGGCCUCAUUUAUCAAUUUGGAUAUUAAUGGAAAGGUUUUAUUCAUAAAUCGCUCACUGGAGCCUUUACACAAGACAUGUGGCCUUCAUUAAAAUCCAGUUAUUUCAGACAAAAAACAUUCAUAUCCUAUGUUUUGCUCCUGAGUUUGUAAAUUUACUUAAAAGCACACUCACUAAUGUGAACUUCGAAUCAUCGGCUUCAAAAUGAAGCGAUUUUAUAAAUGGAUUACACUGUCAAGUUUAAAACGAUUCAUUAUUUCAGUUACACACCAAUUUAAUGAACAUUUUGUGAAACAUACUCUUGAAAGAAGGCGAUCCAAAACAAAUCAAUAAAAAGUCUAGCCGUUCAUUUAGAACAGAAGUAAUGGCACCCUAUUAAAGGAGCACAGGUUAGUGUGUGUCUGUGGCAUGUGAGGAGCUGCAGUGGCUGAGCUGCAUUACUGGAAGAAUGAGCACACGCUGCGUUUAGGAGGUGCUCUUUCACCGUUUAGUUAUCAUUUGAUCAUUUUUAGGUGUCUGUGAGUUUUAUGGAGUUUUGUAGCCUUCAAGAAAGGUAAAUCAGCUGUUCUGUGAAUGCACUUGGUAAUUUACGGCUGAUUGGUUUUUCUCUACAUAUGCACACAAGUAUUAAGAAACUCAGCAUUACCAAAACGUUUGUAAAUCUGGCAGGAAUUUUUAUCUUGGUUUACACACAACUUUACGAAAUGAUUGAUAAAUGAGGCCCAUUGUGUGUGUGAGCACUUGUGUAAUAAAUAAAGCAUGAUUGUACACUAUAAUGCAGAGUUGACUACAGAUACAGUUUUGACAGUAUUGUGUCCACAAGAACCACCAUUUGUCCAACAUUUCAAGAUAAAUUAUUUAAUCUGAUGUACAUACUGUAUGUGAUGAAAUAUUUGUACUAAUUUCUUUCUCCUGUUCAAGGACAAUGAAAGAAAAACAAAAGAAAUGCCUGUUUUUUGUUUUUUUUGGUCGACAUUUGUAUUGUAACAAAUGAUUUUAACACAACACCAGUACUGAAAUGUUUCCAAAUAUAGAAAUAAAAUAUAUUUGAUUUA